AUGGACGUGGACGUGGACGUGGACGUAAACGUGGACGUCGACAUGGUCGUGGGCGUGGACAUGGACAUGGACGUGGACGUGGACGUGGACAUGGACGUGGACGUGGACGUGGACGUGGAUGUGGACAUGGACGUGGACGUGGACGUGGACAUGGACGUGGACGUGGACAUGGAGGUGGACGUGGACAUGAACAUGGACGUAGACGUGGACGUGGACAUGGACGUGGACGUGGACAUGGACGUGGAUAUGGACGUGGACGUGGACAUGGACAUGGACAUGGACGUGGACGUGGACAUGGACGUGGACGUGGACAUGGACAUGGACGUGGACGUGGACAUGGACAUGGACGUGGACGUGGACGUGGACGUGCACGUGGACAUGGACGUGGACGUGGACAUGGACGUGGAUAUGGACGUGGACAUGGACAUGGACAUGGACAUGGACAUGGACGUGGACGUGGACAUGGACGUGGACGUGGACAUGGACGUGGACGUGGACGUGGACAUGGACGUGGACGUGGACGUGGACGGGGACGUGGACGUGGACGUGGACGUGGACAUGGACGUGGACGUGGACGUGGACGUGGACGUGGACGUGGACAUGGACGUGGACGUGGACGUGGACAUGGACGUGGACGUGGACAUGGACGUGGACGUGGACGUGGACAUGGACGUGGACUUGGACGUGGACGUGGACGUGGACGUGGACGUGGACAUGGACGUGGACGUGGACAUGGACGUGGACGUGGACGUGGACAUGGACGUGGACGUGGACAUGGACGUGGACGUGGACGUGGACGUGGACAUGGACGUGGACAUGGACGUGGACGUGGACGUGGAUGUGGACGUGGACGUGGACAUGGACGUGGACGUGGACGUGGACAUGGACGUGGACUUGGACGUGGACGUGGACAUGGACGUUGACUUGGACGUGGACGUGGACAUGGACGUGGACGUGGACGUGGACAUGGACGUGGACGUGGACAUGGACGUGGACGUGGACGUAGACAUGGACGUGGACGUGGACAUGGACGUGGACGUGGACAUGGACGUGGACGUGGACGUGGACAUGGACGUGGACGUGGACAUGGACGUGGACGUGGACGUGGACGUGGACGUGGACAUGGACGUGGACGUGGACGUGGACAUGGACGUGGACGUGGACAUGGACAUGGACAUGGACGUGGAUGUGGACAUGGACGUGGACGUGGACAUGGACAUGGACGUGGACGUGGACAUGGACGUGGACGUGGACGUGGACGUGGACAUGGACGUGGACGUGGACAUGGACGUGGACAUGGACGUGGACGUGGACAUGGACAUGGACAUGGACGUAAACGUGGACAUGGACGUGGACGUGGACAUGGACAUGGACGUGGACGUGGACGUGGACGUGGACAUGGACGUGGACGUGGACGUGGACGUGGACGUGGACGUGGACAUGGACGUGGACGUGGACGUGGACGGGGACGUGGACAUGGACGUGGACGUGGACAUGGACAUGGACGUGGACGUGGACGUGGACGUGGACAUAGACGUGGACGUGGACGUGGACGUGGACAUGGACAUGGACGUGGACGUGGACGUGGACGUGGACGUGGACUUGGACGUGGACGUGGACGUGGACGUGGACGUGGACAUGGACGUGGACGUGGACGUGGACAUGGACGUAGACCUGGACAUAGACGUGGACGUGGACGUGGACGUGGACGUGGACCUGGACGUGGACGUGGACCUGGACGUAGACCUGGACGUGGACGUGGACAUGGACGUGGACGUGGACGUGGACGUGGACGUGGACAUAGACGUGGACGUGGACGUGGACGUGGACAUGGACGUGGACGUGGACGUGGACGGGGACGUGAACGUGGACGUGGACGUGGACAUGGACGUGGACGUGGACGUGGACGUGGACGUAGACGGGGACAUGGACGUGGACGUAGACAUAGACGUGGACGUGGAUGUGGACGUGGACGUAGACGUGGACGUGGACGUGGACGUUGACGUGUAG